AGUAAAACACGUGGUGCAAUAUCUGGAGCCGCAGAGGAAGGUGUGACCGUGUGAGGGUGGCGGGGUGCGAGACUACGGUAGAGGGACACGUUAACAAUAGUCGGGCUCUCAACUCCACUCCAGGAACAAAUCGAUCCUCACGUGACGGUCCGAAGUUUGCUGCCUGACACAACACCACCUGUCAACACUGCCUGCAAGUGCCUCUAAUAUUUACCUGCAGGUUGCUGCCACUCCAAGAGUCUGGUUCGCCUGCUUCUCUCCAGACUCCAGUUGUAAGUUGACGCCUCCACCACCAGCGGCAGGAUGGACACUGGCAGCAGCAGCAGCCCGGAACAGUUGACGGAGGACCUCCUUACGGAACACCUGCGUCAACUCGCCCUGGUGGAACCACCUCCCACAGUGACUCUUCAGGAGGUAAUGGAGAAGAGUGAUCGCUUCCCCGUUGUGUUUCCAGUAUACACAGCCAGGCUCAAGACUUUGCUAAAGGGCGGCCUGCAGCAGGAGAGCCUGGAGGAGCAGGUCAACUCGACCUACCCCCUCGUCCACGCCCGGGUCCUGCCUCUGCUCGCAGCCUUCCUUCAUUAUAAGAGAACCUACGGCAGGAGGAAGGAGAAAGAGCUGUACUCCUCGCUGAGCCUGCUGGACCUGGUCGACCGCCUCCUCAAGAAGCGACCCAUCGUCUUCUUCACCCCCAUCGACAACUACGUCCUCCGGGAUGGCACUGAGGGCUGCGACGGCUUCGAAGAAAUCGGCCACUCUCACGAGCGUGCCAAUGUGUGCCUACAGGAGUACAUGAGCUACGAUGAGAUGAAACUCGCAGCUCUGGUGUGCGUGUCUUCCAAGUCGACCUUUAUCAAUGAUGGGAGCCGCCAUAACCGCGGAGUGCCUGGGGCCCCGGGUAGCUACCAACCGGAGGGCAUCAUCGUGGGUAUGGUGGGCACCAGGUUCGAGCGUGAGGGAGUCAUGGAGUGGCAGGACUGUGUAGUUACUCCCGACCAGAAUACCCAUGACCGCGGGUACGGUGACAGCCCCCCCAAAAAGCGGUGGCUUGUGCGAGAGUGGGGUCGACUCUGGGGUACAGUGCCCCUUCCUACUUGGAAGCAGGCAGAAGAGGCACCUGAAGGUAUUUUCAUCAAUUUAUCUUCCAGAAUGUUCUUAAACUCCCAAGUAUAUCAGGCGCGCAUUCAGCUGUCGGCGGAGACGCUGCUGGCGGAGGCCGGGGUUCGUGCUGCUGCUGCAGGAAAGAAGGCUUACGUGCACGUGGUGGGACUGGGCCUUGGGGUGUGGCGGGUCUCCUCCCAUCAGAACCAGCUAUACGUGGAUGCCUGGGGAGCGGCGCUGAAAGCUACUGACACCACACACAUCGCCCAUCUUGACUUCAGUUGGACUAAGGCGUCAACGUGUUGUGGGGUAGGCAACGGAGAAGUCUUCCCCGAUACCAGCGUCACUGUACACUUCUCCCAGCGGAACCUGCACGCACCUGUCCCUGCUGGCACAAUACUAGUCUCCACCUUCGCCUGGGACAGCAACGCAUUCCCCGGGAACGAGUACUGGAAGGGCAUGCUGUCAGCUUCGGGAGAUCCGGCGGCAGCCUGCUCCUCAAGUAUCGCAGAGUUGCACAAUACUCUCAUCAACCCGCGCGUGACAGCUCAGAACCUGCACGUGGUAUCAUCUAGAGGGGUGGAGCACGUGGCAGAGUACUCACGUCGGGUACUUAACACACAAGACUCCAGUACAUCUGACACAAAAUAGACACAAUCAUCCCAUCAGUGAGCUUGGGAGUGCAGGUAACAGCUGUGCCAGUUGGAACUGUUCUCAGAGAGGACGCAAGCAGACUAGCUAAUUCUGUGAUAAGUGAAAACCUUCCAGAGACUUGAACUACCAUUGGUAAUUUUUCCUUAGUAUAGCAAUAACCAAAGAUAUAUCAUAUUUCAUUAUUUGUUUAUGUAAGUCGGCAAGUUUUCACUGAAAUCACUAAAUUAAACAUUUCGCAAUCUUAAAAUAUAAUUAUAAUUACAAAAUCGACUGUGGUCUUGGAAUCCAGGUUAUGGAAAAUGCUCAUUUCUCACAAGUGCUUUUACCUAAUUAAUUACGUGUUCCCCUUACAAGAUAAGGUGCGUCUAUGAAACAUUCCCUCUAAACUAUCAUAAAUAAAAAUGAGUUUGUCAAAUGAUAGAACAAAUAUAUAUUUAGCUAUUAUCCACCUCCUAGUCAAUUUGGUUUACUUAAUUUAUCAAAAGUUUCUUUAUUCUCAUACCAAUCAUAGAUCGACUUAGAUCAGCUAUCCAAAGAUAACCUCAGCGAUCACCUUUGGCUUGAAUGAAUUAAGACCACAUUUUAAAUUAACUAUGUCAGCCACACUGGAACUUUUCUUGUCUCGUUCCCCAACCUAACCUCAUUGUCCAAUCAGAAUAUAAGAGCUUGAGAGUAUUCGUAAUACAGUUUAGUUAAAACGUAGAGAAGUAACUGCCAACAGACAAAUAUAACUCUGCCCCUCGCCGCAAUCAUAAACAUGCAUGCAUACGGGUGUUACUGUUUUCUGCACUUUGUGCUUUUGUUGAUAUUAAAGAUUCAUAACUGAUAUUUAUGAAUCACAAAUGAACAUUUAAACACAAUAUUUGCUUUAAUUCUUAGAUUUGGAUGGGCGGAAAUAAACUGCUCUAUCCAUAUUUCUUCACCACGUGUUUGCAAGGUGUGAUCAGCAAAAAGUUUAAUAUAUGGUUCAUAUACCAUUAAAUGAUGAAUAUUAUAUUAUAUAUAUAUAUGAUUUGAUUUGAUUUACGAACAUUAUAAAUAUUAAUUCUUAGAAGACUGCGUAUGUCAUUUGACAUUUGUCUCUAUAGAAAUUUAAGGAGAAAAGUUAUGCUUAUAAAUCCCAAUAAUUGCCAAGAUUUGACAUCUCUCUGGCUAUUUUUACAUAAUAAAAUUAUAAGCCUUAUAAAAAAAAAUGAUUAAAAUAAUUUUGGAGCACAUGACACUAUCGUGCUCAAAAUUAUUUAUUCAAAAUCUUAAAUUUGAAAUCAUUGUUUUGUAUUUGUCUUCAUUCGCCCACAUUUACUUUCCAUAUUAUCUGAAGCUACAAUAAAACUUUUCUUUUAAAUUAUUUUACCAAAUAUAAUUUAACUAAGGUUUUUUAGAAUAGCUAAUUAAUCCGAUUUGACAUCAAGAUAUUAACUGAAUGAUGCGUCUCCCUGUGAUCAAUCAGCUUAUUCAUGCACUUAUAAUUCCAUUCUUUAAACAGCAGUACACAGCAGAAUGUCGCUUUACGCUACAGGGAAGCUUGUCAUCCUGAUUAAAAUACAUUUUUUUUGUUUGUCAAUCUGUUGAUGACCAAUAUUUAUUUUUCAAGUAAAAUGUGUAUAAUAUUAAAUAAAUAUAAUUCACUUUU